AUGCUGUACAUGCCGGCAACAACCCUAGCUGCACCGAUGGUUCUUCAAGGAACUCAACCGGUACCUCUACAAUCCACAACUCGCUAUUAUAUGGUACCGCAAGCAACAGCGACAACAACAACAACGGCAGCAGUACUUCCAACAAUGCCAUUACUUAACACCGCUUUUAUUUAUCCAACAUACGGUUUGUUAACAAAACCUGUCGAAAACGCUGAUCAAACAACGGCUCAAAUACAACAUGUAGUACAUCAUAAUAUUCCACCAUGCUUAACACGAACAUGUACUGAUUGCUGCGAAUUGUGUUGCCCGUGGAAUGAAGAUUCAUCGGAACAUCAACGGAAAAGUAGAUCAAGAUCUCGCUCACGCUCCCGCUCACCUUCGCCAUCAACGCACGAUCAAGAACGUCAAGCUCGUCGUGAUCUAUUCGAUCGAACUCAAUAUGACUCGAAAAUCGAAUCCAUCGAGAAAAAAAUCGAACGUCUUCGUCUCGAACUGAACAUGUCACAAUCUUCGAAAGAGGAAAAAGCCACCGAAACAGUUGACUACUAUCAUCCACCACCCAAGCCACAACCAACGCCUAUUCAAGAGCCACCUACAUACAAACAGCAUUAUGAUGCGCCCAAACCGCGUCCACGUUCUCGCAGUUCAUCCGCAAAAAGAGCUUCGUCACUACCACGUGAACCAUGGCGAUCAACAAAUCAAAAUGAUUAUGCAUGGCGCGAUGCUCAUCUACCAGCCUAUCGCGAAGCAACAUUAGCUCGAGCCCAAACACCUGUGAACGAAACGCGCACAUGGAACGAAACAACCCAGGAACUACGGAGCCCUUCAGUAACGAGGUGUGUAACUCCUUGUCACACAAUUACGGACUACAGCUGUCGGCCACCAAAUACGUUAGUUGAUUAUACUUGUCGGCCAAAUUCUGCAACAGUCGUACCAGUCAGUGAUACACGUGUAAUCAACUAUGCAACGCCUUCAACAUCAUCAUGCUACGGCCAUUCAUUCUACUCAGAUAUUCCAGCCACAACAAAAACACAUCAUUUGCGAAAAAUCGAUUCGACACCAUCCCAUAACGUCUACGGUUGUAAUGAACCUUGUUUACACGUCGUACCAAAACAGGGCAGCGCAUCAGAUCCACCUUACAUGAAAAUCCACAACGCACCUGUAACUUAUCUGCAUUGA